GAGCUCUGCUUCAGCUGUGGGGCCUCAGGAGGCAGGACUCAGGGAUGACCUCCACCAUGGCCUGGGCCCCUCUCCUCCUCACCCUCCUGGCUCACUGCACAGGAUCCUGGGCCCAGUCUGUGCUGACUCAGCCAUCCUCAGUGUCGGGGUCCCCGGGCGAGAGGGUCACCAUCUCCUGCACUGGAAGCAGCUCCAAUAUUGGGGGUUACUAUGUGCACUGGUACCAGCAGCUCCCAGAAAAGGCCCCCAAACUCCUCAUCUAUGAGAGUAGCAACCGACCCUCAGGGGUCCCAGACCGGUUCUCUGGCUCCAAGUCUGGCAGCUCAGGCUCCCUGACCAUCACGGGGCUGCAGGCCGAGGACGAGGCCGCCUAUUUCUGCCAGUCCUAUGACAGCAGUCUUGGUACUCGCACGGUGCUGCAGGCCUGGUCCCUCUCCCAGCCGGUGCUGACUCAGCCGCCCUCCCUCUCUGCAUCUCCGGGAGCCACAGCCACACUCACCUGCACCCUGAGCAGUAGCAUCAAUGUUGGCAGCUACAGGAUAUACUGGUACCAGCAGAAGCCGGGGAGUCCACCCCGUUUUAUCUUGAGAUAUAAAUCAGACUCAGAUAAGGGCCAGGGCUCCGGGGUCCCCAGCCGCUUCUCUGGAUCCAAAGACGCCUCGGCCAAUGCGGGGCUCCUGACCAUCUCGGGGCUGCAGCCUGAGGACGAGGCCGACUAUUACUGUGCGAUCUGGGUGUGGGUGGCUGUGGGCCAUGGGGAGCAGGCCUUCCCAACGGGUGCCUGUCCCUCCCGCUGGGAAGCUGUUGAUGAGCCCAGGUCCCAGGUCACCUUCUCCUGA